AAAAAUUAAUCUACUUUUGUCUGCUUCUACGAUUCUACGUAGCGGUAGCGCUAUCGUUGAAAGUUGUAGUCAACAAACACUUAGCAUAGCUACUCAGUCUCAGUCUGUUUUCAAAAACCUAUCGAAUUUCCCUGCGCACUGUCAUACGUCCUUGGAAUAAACUUUUCGUGAAUCACUGAAUUUCUGAAAAUAUUUAAAAUUCUCUUACUUACUGAUUCAUGAUAUUCGUAAGUCAUGAUAUGUUGAAGCCAUAUAUACAUGAAUGAAAUUUUCUCAUAUUUCUUGUUUUUUAUAAAACUUCAAUAUUUCUCGACUUUAGUUAUAAAUUGAUCAUGGCUAGAGCAAACUAUGGGGCACUUGCUGAGACUCCAGAAGUGGUAUUUGGUGGUGGCCGCCCACGAAAUCCAAGCUUGGGCAGAUCUGAAUUCAAUCAGCUAAGUGAAACCAUAUCAAGCAACUUAUUCACCAUCCAAGGAAGUGGUUCGAAUUUAGAGAGGGCAUUAAAGUCACUUGGUACUGAGAAAGAUAACCAAGGUUUGCGUGAUAGUGUCCAUGUUAUUCAGAUGAGUGCAAAUCAAAUAGUCACCCAAACAAGUCAAGAGUUAGUGACACUGGCUGCUACUGCCAGGCUAACAGGUGAUAGAAUGUCUCAUCUUCAAGUGGAUCGUCUAAAAUUAGAGUUUGAAAAGUCACUACAGAGAUACAGUGCUCUACAGAAGGAAGUUGCCAACAAAAUGAAAUCGACAAUUCCGUAUAACCAUUGGGAAGAGGAACCUACUUCAGACCGCCAAAAUCUUUUGGAAAGGGUGGCAGAGGAAAAACAUCAAAAGCUCAAAGAGCUUAAAGAAGUGGAAUUUGAACAACAAAUGUUAAUAGAAAGAGAACAGCGCAUUCAGCAAAUCGAAUCUGACAUGAUUGAUGUGAAUCAAAUUAUGAAAGAACUUAGUGCUAUGGUCCAUGAGCAGGGAGAAAACAUAAACUCGAUCGAAAACAAUAUAGACCGUACCUAUACACAUGUGGAAGAAGGUCGCCAGCAGUUGGAAAAAGCUUCUUCGCAUCAAAAAGCACAUCGCAAGUGGCUCUGUUUCCUGACUGGUCUUGCUCUGACGAUAGCCGGAAUCGUCAGCUUAGUUAUCUAUCUAGAACUUCGUCCUUCCUAGUCCAGCCACAAUGGCCACGUUAAAAACAAAAUAACUAAUUAUUUAAGUGUCUCCAGUUAGCGCCUUAUUUCUAACCACAUGAAAAUUGACGUGUUUAUAUUACAAAAAAAUUUAAGUAUCCAAUCUUUUGAACUCAUUAUAUGCGUUUUCUAUUUGAUAGCUCGACUGUUUCAUUUCUUUACUUACCCGUUCGGUGACAUCCAACUCCACCGAACUGUGUAAGGCUAAAUCGUAAAUGCUGUUUAAAAAUACAUUGGAAAUUGGGCUUCUA